AUGUGUGCUGGCCGGAUGCACAACACACAUGGACCUUCAGGUCUAUGCGGUUGGUGUCUGUUUUUCUGCGGGUACGUUCCUUCCAUCUUUGCGGUGAUAUUGAUUUUGGCGCAUAUAAUUCCGUAUUAUUUGUUUUUUCUUCCACGUCUCCAUGAGACGUAUACGAAAGGAGUCGUCUCUUGGAUUUAUUGUGCCUACUGCGUUAUUUUUAUGACGAUAGCGGGGUUGCUUUUAUUGACCAACUUUUUAUUUGCCAUCUUUACACCGCCGGGGUAUGUAGAGCGGGUACCUUGGGCCGAUAUGCCGGUUUUUAGGGGCCAAGUGAAUAGCAGCAACAUGAAUGAGGUACAUCGGGUUGGAUUAGAUGGGAACUUACGCUACUGCUAUAAGUGCGAGAUAUACAAACCAGACAAUGCACAUCACUGUCGUAGUUGUCGUCGUUGCGUCUAUCAUAUGGACCACCAUUGCCCUUGGAUCAACAACUGUGUUGGUCGGGAUAAUGCAAAAUACUUUUUGUUGUUUCUCUCUUAUAUCCCACUGUGCGGCCUUCAUAUUGGUGGCACGAUGGCAUACAGCUGCUUGUACCACUUUGACAUGCAUGGCGUGACUGGUUUUGCGGAAGAACCCAUUCUUAUUUGUUCCGUCGUCUUUUCAUUAUUGAUGGGCAUUUCUUUCUUUUUUUUUGCUGCACAUUUUCUCUGGUUGACAUUUCGGGGCGAAACCACUGUGGGGAAUGUGGCCUAUCGCGAUAAAGGGGACCAACGGUUGCUGAAAGAGGAGAAGGAGCGAUAUCUGAAUGAUAUAUGUGGCGUGGACCGCCGUUGGUGGCGGUUGAUUUGUCCUUUUCGUGUUGUGCGUCCUUCGCAUGGGACAUCGCUGCGGGAGUUGACUUGA